AUGGUCGACUCCGAGUCGUCGUCCUUUCCCCAUCUGCAACUGAGCCUCUCCCAGACCGUCGCCUCGAAAGCCCCCAGCGUCUCGGUAUCGGUCAAGAACACUAGUCCUGACACUCCUGUGACGAUCCUGAAGUGGGAUUCUCCCCUUGAUGAGGCCGCUCUUGGCUUGGGUCUGGUGUCGAUCACGCCCGCCGGGGCGUCUGAGCCUAUCCACAUCGACGCCGUCAAACUUACCCGCAAGAUGCCACCAAGUGCCGAAUCCCUAGUUACGUUGCUUCCUGGUGAGAGUCAGCCGGAGAAGCUGCAGUCUGUCGGCGCUGGUGCUGGUGGUUCGUUGACUGGGGAUUGGAAGACUGAGACAGUGGAGAUUGGCCAGUAG